AUGACGUCUCAAAAACACAUUGUCAUUAUUGGUGCAGGCGUAGGCGGAACUGCCACUGCUGCAAGGCUUGCUAAACAAGGCUUUCGAGUCACUGUAGUUGAAAAAAACGAUUUCUCUGGCGGUCGUUGCUCAUUAAUACACCACGAAGGUCACCGCUUUGACCAAGGCCCAUCUCUGUAUUUGAUGCCCAAGAUCUUCAAAGAAGCCUUCGCUGAUCUCGAUGAAAAGAUUGAAGACCAUAUUGAUCUACUAAAGUGCGAAAACAACUACAAGGUCCACUUUUAUGACGGCGAUUCUAUCCACCUGACGUCCGAUCUUGUCCGCAUGAAGAACGAGAUCGAGCGAUACGAAGGCGAAGGGGAAAAACCGUUUCUCAAUUAUCUCAAGUUCUUAUCUGAAUCCCAUAUACAUUAUGAAAGGUCCCUUAUUAUGGCAUUAAAGCGCAAUUUUGAAGCUUGGUACGAAAUGUUCCAGCCCAAGUACGCUCCUGAGGUUUUCCAUCUUCAUCUUUUCCACAAGGUUUAUUCAAGAGCUGCAAAAUACUUUAAAAGUAAGAAAAUGAGGAUGGCAUUUACGUUUCAGAGCAUGUAUAUGGGAAUGUCACCUUUCGAUGCUCCGGCUACAUACAAUCUACUUCAAUAUACUGAAUUUGCCGAAGGUAUCUGGUACCCACGUGGAGGUUUCAACAAGGUCGUUCAAAGCUUAGAACAAAUCGCCACUCAAAAAUAUGGUGCCAGCUUCAUAUAUAACGCUCCAGUGUCCAAGAUAAAUGUCGAUUUACAAUCAAAGAUCACGACAGGUGUUACCUUGGAAAAUGGCGAGAUCAUUCAAGCCGAUGCUGUGGUUUGUAAUGCUGACCUAAUCUAUGCCUACAACCACCUUUUACCUCCUUGUUCUUGGUCAAAGCGUGUGGGAGAAUCCAAACUCACAUCGUCCUCUAUAUCUUUCUACUGGUCAAUGGAUCGAAUUAUCCCGCAAUUGGAUGUGCAUAAUAUAUUCUUGGCCAAUGCCUAUCAAGAGAGCUUUGAUGAGAUCUUUAAGCACCACAGUCUACCCUCCGAGCCAUCUUUCUAUGUGAAUGUCCCAAGUCGUAUAGACCCUUCGGCCGCUCCAGAAGGAAAGGAUUCUGUCAUUGUAUUAGUACCCAUAGGUCAUAUUGUUCCUGGGAAAGCAAAAGACUACGAUCAAAUGGUGUCCAAAGCGCGUCAAAUGGUACUAGAUGUUCUGAAGGCUAGGUUAGGAUAUGACAUUUCACGGUAUAUUGCUCACGAAGACUUCAAUCACCCGGUUAAAUGGCAGCAAAAGUUCAAUCUUUGGCGUGGCUCCAUUCUUGGUCUGUCCCAUGAUGUUUUCCAAGUUCUUUGGUUCCGGCCCUCCACUAAAGACUCCACGGGUCGCUUUGAUAACCUGUUCUUCGUAGGUGCCUCAACCCAUCCCGGAACAGGUGUACCUAUUGUUCUUUGUGGAUCCAAGCUCACUGCUGAUCAAGUCACCAAGCACUUUGGAUAUAAAACUAUCAAGUCUACAAAACCCCGCCCUAUCCAUUUGCAAGAGUUUGAUACUUCGAAAGUAUGGUACUACGCCGCCUUUUUGUUCGUCCUAAUAUGUUCCUUAUUCUACGGCUUCCCGCAAGAGAAUGGUACGGCUGCUUCUUUCAUCAACGGACAUUUACCCCGAAGCUUCAGAGUUCAGUAGGUGAAAAUGAAAAAUCUAAUUCCAACCGUGGCGAUCGUUUAGAGUGGCUUAGCUAUGGAAACUGAGAAACACAAAAUUAUUAUGAGUUACCGACCACCCACAAUAAAAAUUUGGCAGUGUUGACACCGUUAUUUUUCUUUUU